AUGCGGGCGCCUCCAUUUAGCUGCACCCGCAAGCCCGGGCCACCAGAUAAGCGCGCCACCGCCGCUGUCCGCCCGAUUCACCGCCGUCGGCUCGGCUCUGCCAUUUCUAGACAGGGUUGGUGCCGGCGGCGCGGGCUGCGCGCGUCCUGCAGUGAAGACCGCCUCAGCGCCCUCACCGCCGACAUACUGCUCCUCAUCUUGCGCCGCCUCGACACCCGCACUGUGCUAGCCACCGCGACCCUCUCGAAGCGCUGGGCCUGCCUCCCACGUGGUCUCGACUCCCUUGAUUUCAGGGUCAGUGACAUACUCCCGCCGCGGUACCACCGUUGCAUUCGUGUCCACCGCGAAGGCGCUCGUUAUACUUAUGGUCUCCAAGUCAAUCUCAAGGCGAUUUGCGACAGCAUCGAGCGUUAUCAGCGCCGUGCCAUGCGCACUAUGGCCGCGUCCAUCAAAAACUUCCUUGACGCGGAUGAUGAUCACGACAGAGGUGCUCUAGGUCUCCGGAGUGUCCGCAAGCUGAGGCUUGAGUUCUUUGCUACCCAGUGUUCAAGUGGCAUCAAUAGAUUGAUAACCAAGGCUGUUGAUUCAUGGGGAGCCGAGGAUCUGGAGGUUUCAGCUAAGAAUUUGCCCAAGUCCACUCCAACCUCAGCCUAUGAAUCUAUUUUCACCUUGUGCCCUCAGCUACAAUCAUUGCAUCUCAAGUCCUGCAUGCUCAACCAAGGCGUUGUAGUGGUCGAUGCUCCUAGAUCAGAGAUCAAGCAGCUUAUCAUGGAGGAUUGCUCAUUUGGAUGGUUCAAGCUGCACACUCUCCCAAUGCUUGAGAGCAUGGCUAUUGUUGACACUACAGUGAUUUACAGGCUGAGCUCCUUCCCAUACCUCAGACAUUUCAGUCUUACCAAAUGCCAUGGCAUCUUAAAAAGCCGUACCAUUCGCUUUACACCAAAUUGGGACCUUGAUCGAUAUCUUGGAGGCAGCUCAGGAAUAACCAAUCUUGUUGUCCGCUUCACUGGAUAUGAUAGAUGGUUUAAGCCAUGGAGCCCUGCGUUGUUGUUACCUAAACUCAGGAGGCUCCUGAUUGCUGAUGUGCCUUCAUCCUGGGAUGUCUCUUGGCCCCGCCUCCUCAUCGAGGCGUCGCCAUGCCUUGAGAGCCUUCACAUCCAUAUUAGCCCUUGGGAAGAGGAUCCUUGUGAUGACAUUGCAUGGCAAUCCCCUAAGUUCUGCCAUAAUCAGCUUAAGGAGUUGGUAAUGGUUGGUUUUGAGGGAACAGAAAGACAGAUUUACUUUGUUGACUUUGUUACAGAAGUAUCGACAUCGUUGCAACUUGUUUCUUUGUACAAAAAAGGGCAUGUUCAGGACAUGGGGCGUUGGGACUGGGCCAUGGUGACACAACGAUACGAGUGGGACGAAGAGGAGAAAGUCAAAUUACUGAACCGGAUGUGGCAAGUUGAAUAA